GCAAAAUCCAUUCCCUCGCAAAAUGUGUUUUCCUUUCCACUCCAAUUUGCUACAUAUUCAUUCAUAAAUGGAUUAUUUUAGUUCUCUGCUUGGUUCUUUAGGCAUGUUCUUAAUAAUUUUGCUAUUGUACCGGCUCUGCACACUCUGCUGUCCCUCCAAUGCAAACUCCCAAGCUCCUACGGACAGAGUUCACGUUGUUAUAAUAUCCUCUGAUGGUCAUGCAAUCCAUAGACGAAUGGAUUAUGGAGAUUUUCAUGCUCUAAGUACGAGAGAACAAGAACCACGAACAGGAUUUACUCCUGUAGUAAUCAGCGGAGCAUCUCAAAGUGAAAUUCCAUCAAUUCCAUCGUAUUCUGUGGGAGAUUUUCCCCCAAGACAUGAAACUACCUCGGAAGUGCCAUCCAACAUUAAUCCGCCUUCUUAUGAACAAGCAAUGGACAAUGAAACUUUCAACCAGGAACAGCGGAAGGCAUAACAUGCUUAACAGCCUUACGAGUAAUAGUUUGUAAGACCAGUAAGGCUUUCCCUCUCAGCUCAAAAAAGACACAAAAUCAAGAUGUGUUCCUCCCCCUUCUAAAUAGGACGGGAACCUCCUUCCAUGCUAAUAGACAACUUAAAAAGUUAAAACUGCCACUCAAUACUAACUGUAUUACCUCAGGGAAUAGGAAAGUCGACAAAAGGAUAUACAGGAA